AGAAACCAAAAACCCCGACUCCCUGAGUCUUACCGUGCAACAAUGGCGCCCGAGUCUGCUGAGAAGAAGAAAGCCAAACGAAACUCUCGGAAGCGAGCCCGAGUAGAGUUGGACCACCAAAUUGAACGCCUGAACUCUCUUCCCUGGAGCUCGUCUCUCCCCGAAGGUAAUGAUGGCAGAGGGGACGAUGGUUUCUCUCUCUUCAUCGGCUCUAACGACCUUGAAGGAGGAUUUCUUACCCUUGAAGAGAUUGAUGAAUCAGACUACGGGUUGGGAAUUCCUAGAAUUAGUGUGGAAAAUGAGAAACAGGAGCCAAAACGGGGAAAAAAAUCAAAGAGGAUUAGGAAAAAUAAUGGUGAUGCAGAUGAAAGCUGUGGUAGUGAGCUUCAUUGUGAAAGUGAUGGUAAGGCCGAAGAAAGCAUUGGGGAGGAUGAGAAGAAGGAAGUGAAGCAGAAAAGCAAGAAGAGAAAUAAGAAUGUGAAGAAAAAGAAAAUGGACGGUCAGAAGAAUCGUGAGACAAGUGAAUCGGAACGGUCCGAAGAACAAGCUGCAGGCAAUUCAGCUGAUGAAGAAGAAUAUUAUGCGUGGAACGAUCUUAGACUUCAUCCGAAAAUUAUGAAAUCAAUAUACAGACUAAAGUUUAAAGAGCCUACUCCGAUCCAGAAAGCUUGUAUUCCUGCUGGUGCUCACAAAGGGAAGGACGUGAUUGGUGCUGCAGAGACAGGAUCUGGUAAAACACUUGCUUUUGGCUUGCCAAUUAUACAACGUCUUCUGGAAGAACGAGAAAAAGUCGAGAGGAUCAUGGAAGAAAAAGGAGAGGCCAAUGAAAAGAUUGCGCCUAAAGGUGUUCUGCGUGCUCUCAUCGUUACCCCUACAAGGGAGCUCGCACUUCAGGUCACUGAUCAUCUCAAGGAAGUAGCAGUAGGCAUGGAUAUUAGGGUGGUCCCUAUUGUUGGUGGAAUAUCAACUGAGAAGCAGGAAAGGCUUUUGAAAGCACGGCCUGAAAUUGUUGUUGGAACACCGGGGCGACUAUGGGAACUCAUGUCAGGAGGAGAAAUUCACCUUUUGGAGCUUCACUCAUUAUCAUUUUUUGUGCUGGAUGAAGCCGACCGCAUGAUUGAAACUGGUCACUUUCGUGAACUGCAGUCCAUAAUUGACAUGCUUCCCAUGAACAGAGAAUCAUCUGAGAGCCAACAUCAGAAUACACAGAACUGUGUAACUGUUGCUAGCCUCCAAAGAAAGAAAAGGCAGACGUUUGUGUUUUCUGCAACUCUUGCCCUGUCUGCUGAUUUUCGUAAGAAGUUGAAGCAGGGAUCUGGUAAUUCGAAAAAGGAUGGGCUUAACUCGAUUGAGACUCUUUCAGAGAGAGCAGGAAUGAGACCCGAUACUGCUAUAGUGGAUCUUACUAAUGCUUCAAUUUUAGCCAAGAAGCUGGUGGAAUCAAUUAUUGAGUGUAGGGAAGAAGAGAAGGAUGCCCAUUUGUAUUACUUACUAAGCGUACAUGGACAAGGACGAACAAUUGUUUUUUGUACUUCAAUAGCAGCUUUACGCCGCAUUUCUUCAUUAUUGCGUAUCCUCAAGAUAAAUGUGUGGACCCUUCACUCAGAAAUGCAGCAGCGGGCACGCCUAAAGUCCGUGGACCGUUUCCGUGCUAGCGAACAUGGCAUACUCAUCGCCACAGAUGCUGCCGCGCGAGGGCUUGACAUUCCUGGUGUCCGUACUGUUGUCCAUUAUCAGCUUCCACUUUCGGCUGAGGUAUAUGUUCAUAGAUGUGGAAGGACAGCUAGAGCCUCUACUGAUGGUUGCAGCAUUGCUCUUGUCUCGCCAAAUGACGCGUCAAAAUUUGCAGCACUGUGCAAGUCAUUUGCAAAGGAAAGUUUCCAGCGUUUUCCUGUUGAAAUCUCUUACAUGCCUGAGAUUAUGAAGAGAUCAUCUAUUGCACAUCAAAUAGACAAAAUUGUGCGGAAGGACUCCCAGGUGAAAGCUGAAAAAAGUUGGUUGGAGAGAAAUGCUGAAUCCAUUGAACUGGUUUUGGAGGAUAAUGACAGUGAGGAGGACAGAGUGAAGAAAUACAGGCAAAAUAAAAACAAAUCAAAUCAGCUGACCAAGUUGCAGCAGGAGCUCAACUCAUUACUUUCUAGGCCAUUGCAACCCAGAGCAUUUUCAAAGCGUUAUUUGGCAGGGGCUGGUGUCACUCCAUUGCUUCAACAUCAAUUUGAAGAACUAUCAAAACAGAAACUUGGAGGUGCAAGUAGUUUUGAUCCAAAUAAAAGGAGAAAAUUAGUAGUUAUUGGUCAAGAUUGCGUGGAGCCACUUGAGGCACUGAAAAAUGCAAGUAAUGAGGCGUGCUUGGAUCUGAAAGAGAUUGCAGAAAAGCAAAAGAAUUCAGACAGCUUGAGAAGGAAAAGAAAAGAGAUGAAAAAACGUUUGCAUGAGCAAAGGCGGAAACAAAGGAAGAAGAUGAAACAAAGAGAAGGAUAUUGAAGCAGCUAGAAGAGAAUAAUGUAUGAAGCUCACGGGAUAUUCUAUCUUUAGGAUAUUGAAGCAACGCUAGCUGCUUGUGGAUGAUUAUAUGGCCGUUGUAACGCAACAGGAAUAUCUUAUAAAUAUGAAUAAAUAAGUUGUCGAUUCCUAUAUUUAAAGUCUUGCUUUGAUUUGAAUUGGUUAUAGUUUGAAUGUGAAUGAUGUUUAGUCAAAAGUGAUUGUAUUUAUUUUAUAUGAUCCUGCAGCUUCAUCUAUUUGAAAUUAUUUUCACUAUGAAU